AUGGCCCAGCAACAACACACCCCGUUACUGUGCCUGUGGCAGAGGGAAAACUCCCACCUAGGCCAAAAGGUCCUCGACCUCCUCCCCCGCGCCGACGUCGCCUCCCUCCGCCUCGCCAGCUCCGCCUGCUGCAACAUCGCGACCAAGCCGCUCUUCUGCCGCGUCCGCGUCACCUUCACGGCAAACACCUUCACCAAGCCCUCCCGACUCCAAGCCCUCGCCCGCGUCGGACACCACAUCGAACACCUGCACUUCCACUUCGCCCACACCGACGCCACCUUCCUGCCGCCGCUCAUCCACCCCGCCACCGGCCGCGAGAUCUCCUUCCUGUACACCCCGCACACGAGCAUGGCCUCGGUGCUCGCGAGGCCAAAGUACGCCAACACGGAGCUGGGCGAGAUCCUGACCCAGCAGUACCCUCCCCUCUUCCACGCCGCCACCAAUGUGCCCAGCUUCAUCAACGCCAUGAAGCACUUCUCCAACCUGCGCCACCUCACCAUCCGCUGCCCUGGCCAGGGACCCCAGGAGCGCUACCGCAGGGACAUUGUCGACUACGCCCUCAUGAGCCUGCGCAUCGCCGUCGAGCGGGCGCCCCUCGAGAAGCUCAUCAAGCUGUCCCUGUCGGGCAUGCACCCCUCCGCCUUCAACUACCUCCGCCACGUCCCCGGCUUCGGCGCCGUUCCCUCGGCGGGCCGUAGGUGGAAGCAGAUCCGCAAGCUCAGCAUCUCCGUCGAAGCGUGGGACUUUUACGGCCCGUCACCCGGCCUGGACCACCUCAAGAUCAUCGACGACUACAUCCGCGGCUUCUCCGGCACACUCGAGAAGCUCAACUUCACCUGGCUCGGCCCCAAGGGCCCCAACCCUAUCGCCCUCUCCGCGGAUCCUCUCUUCGCGCCCCCGCGCAACUGCAAGAAACUCUUCGCGGAGGUCACGUCGCCCAUGUCCCCCCUCCCACCGGCGCCUGCACGCAAGCCUAUGCACUUCCCGCGCUUGCGGUACAUGCAGGUGCGCAACGCGACCAUGACGGCGCCGCAACUUGCGGAUCUUGUCGACGCGCACCAGAAAACCGUCAAGGAGUUCGACUUCGACAAUGUCGUGCUCAUCAACGGCGGCAGCUGGGACGAGGCGCUUGCCCCGCUGAUGGAGCCUGUGUCCUCCAAGAGCGACCUCUGGUCCCAGCACUCACACUCUAGAAACAACUCCGAGGCAGGCAGCUUGCACUCGGAGCCGUCCCACGAGGACUUUGACCUACCCUCGCCGUCGGCUGCGGCCGCGGCGGCUACCCGCGAGCUGCUCGACUUUGACCUCGGCAGUGAGCUACUAUACGUUAAUGAUGAAGAUGACCACUAUGACCUGUACGAUGGUCUGGAUGAGCGUCUGGACGAGGAUCUGGACCCGGAUGUCGCGGCUGCCAAGGAGGCCAGCACAUCGUUCAGCACAAUACUCAAGAAGAAGCGCGUGCACCGACGCAGAAAGCACCGCAAGGACGAUGGAGGCAGGGAAAAGGAGGCCUCCUCUUCCAAGCAUCACAGGAGCAGAAGCCAGAGCCGCCACCGCAAGCACAAGCACCACCGACAACCGCCCCCGGUACCGGAAGAGGACGAUGUCUUCCGUCCGUCAACGCCGGUGCCCAUUAUCUCGGCGCCUAUUCAGGAUACCUCUUCGCACCCGGUGUUGCUCCAGCCGGCUGUGUACGACCCCAACGCAAGCCGACUUUCAGAUCCCGAGGACUGCAUCUCGUCGGUGCAACGCAACAUCGAGCAAGAGGAGGCGCACCGCGUGCUUGCCGAGGAUGCGGCGGCGCGGGUCAGCGCGCUUCGCAAGGCCAAGGCGGCGGUAUUGAUGAAGCUCUCCAAGGAGUUCAGGAGCAAGACGCCAGGCCCACCCAAGGACUGCAGCAUGCAGACGAGGCUCAGAGAGGGCUUCUUUGGACGCAGCUUCGUGAGCGUGCUGCCCGACGACCGGGCCAUGUCCAGCCAGUCUGCGCUGGUCCCGCUCAUGUUUACGAGAUCAUGA